AUGGAUGACGAAGGAGACGUCCCCCCAAUUGAAAGGAAGCCAGAAGCAGAAGUCAAGCCCGAGCAGGCGCAGAAGAUAAUGAUAAAGGUCUCAGAUGAGCACGAAAACGCCAUUUGCUUCAAGGUUAAGAUGACAACCGCCCUCUCCAAAGUGUUCGACGCUUACUGCUCAAAAAAUUCACUUCAGCGAGGGGACGUCCGAUUUUACUUCAACGGUGCUAGGGUAUCUGAUACGGCAACCCCCAAGAGCCUUGAUAUGGCUGAAAAUGACAUCAUUGAAGUGAUGCGAAAUCAGAUUGGCGGCCACUAG